GAAAGAUCACCUCCUGUGGUUGUGUUGUGUCCCUGUCCGCCUGUCUAUCUGCCGCAGAUUCAGGGGGGAAAAUCAUCUUUGUCCGCUGUGUUUACAUCUGACCCCGGAGUUAAAAACACCACAGGACGGACUAAACAUCCGGGGGGAAUGGAGUCUUACGGCAGGGACGAUCCGAAGGGAUCGGUGCUGCACAUCGUGGUGGUUGGAUUUCACCACAAAAAGGGCUGUCAGGUGGAAUUCUCGUACCCGCCAUUGAUGCCAGAUGAGGGUCAUGACAGUAACCUGCUGCCAGAGGAGUGGAAGUACCUCCCUUUCCUGGCUCUUCCUGACGGGGCACACAACUACCAGGAAGACACUGUGUUUUUUCACCUGCCACCCCUAAACGAGGACAUGAAGUGUGUCUACGGAGUUUCCUGUUAUCGCCAAAUAGAAGCAAAGGCCCUGAAGGUCCGGCAGGCUGACGUCACCAGGGAGACGGUUCAGAAGAGCGUCUGUGUCCUCAGUCGAGUGCCUCUCUACGGUCUGCUACAAGCUAAACUACAGCUCAUUACACACGCCUACUUUGAGGAGAAAGACUUCUCUCAGAUCUCUAUUUUAAAGGAACUGUACGACCACAUGAACGGCUCUCUGAGGGGCUCGGCUCUGGAGGGAUCACAGGUUUAUCUGGGGUUAUCACCAAGAGAUUUAAUACUGCACUUUCGACACAAGGUUGUCAUCCUCUUCAAGCUUAUUCUGCUGGAGAAGAAGGUCCUGUUCUAUGUGUCUCCUGUCAACAGACUAGUCGGAGCUUUGAUGACAGUUUUAUCGCUGUUUCCAGGUAUGAUCGAACAUGGCCUGGUGGACUCAUCCCACUACAGGCCAAAGAGCAGCUUGUCGGAGGACAUCACUCUGGUCGAAAGCGUCUCAGGAGCAGAGGAGUUCGUCUCUGUGUCUGUCACCGACAUCGCCAACACUACACUCGAGGCAGAGGAGACUGCCCAGCCCGCUGCAGAGUCUCUGUCCUCUGGGAACAGCACAGAGAGGGACAAUCAUCUCCUCAAACCUCCGUCACGCACCUCUCCAGAGUCCUCUGAGAGCGACUGGGAGACCCUGGAUCCCAGCGUGUUGGAAGAAAGUCCCAAAGAGGCAGCAGAGGGGAAGGAGACGGAGCUACGGGACGCCUUCGACUCCAAGCCGGGGACGCCCAUCACUGUGCAGCCACAGUCCGCCAUCGGUCAGGGAGGCGUCGUCCAGGGUCUGGUGUCUGGUCUGGAGGAGGAUCAGUAUGGGCUGCCUCUCCCCAUCUUCACUAAGGGUUACCUGUGUCUGCCCUACAUGGCCCUGCAGCAGCAUCACCUCCUGUCAGAUGUGACGGUGCGUGGCUUCGUUGCUGGGGCGACCAACAUCCUCUUCCGCCAGCAGAGGCACCUCAGUGAUGCUAUCAUCGAGGUGGAAGAAGCUAUCAUUAACAUCCAGGACCCCGAGCUCCGUAAGAUCCUGAGUCUGACAACGGCGGACCUGCGUUUUGCAGACUAUCUGGUCAAACACGUGACGGAGAACCGUGAUGAUGUUUUCCUGGAUGGGACUGGGUGGGAGGGUGGAGACGAGUGGAUCAGAGCCCAGUUCACCCUCUACCUGCACUCCUUACUGUCGUCUGCAUUACAGCAAGAUAACGAGAGGCUGCUUGCUGAUUACGGCGCUCAUUUCAUCGCAGCCUGGAGGAUCACCCACAACUACCGGGUGUGGUACAGCAACAAGCACCCUGCCAUGGCUGCCAUCACUCCAGGACACCCGUUUCAGGGCCAGUACAGUGUUGCUGACGUGAAACUACGACUCUCACACUCAGUGCAGAACAGCGAGAGAGGGAAGAAGAUCGGAAACGCCAUGAUGACCACCAGUCGCAGUAUGGUCCAGACAGGGAAGGCAGUGGGUCAGUCUGUGGGCGGAGCAUUGACCAGUGCCAAGUCGGCCAUGUCCUCCUGGUUCUCCACCCUGGCCCAACCUGCAGCUGUAACCACUCCAGAGUAUGCGGAGCCCGCCACAGAGGUCCAACCCUGAAACCCAGCAGUCCCCUGUCUCUGACUUUGUCCUCGUCCUCUGAUCUUCUGCCUGCUGAAGCCUGAGGGUCAGUGGACUGAGAGCUGCAUUUAUGAAGGAAAAAAUGGUCAUCUUCAGCAUCAGGUUUUAAAUCUGAACCUGUCAUCCUUAUGUUUGGUGACUCUGGGUGAUGCGACAGCACUCUGGACAGGAACAUAGCGCAGCCGUUAUACUAACUGUACAGUCCAUAUCCACUGUGAGGCAAAGACUGCCAGCGCUUUUGAUCAAAAACCCAGAAAUUUCAGCAGGCUGCAUCACAUCUGACCACCUGUUUGGAUUCCUGAAUGCUUUUUCCUGUGACACACUUAACGAUGCUGUCGUUGGGGUUUACGGUGUUCACUCUUUUGCUGCAUUUCUAGAGUUUGUCUAUAUAGCUGACUAUUUUGCUGACAGAGAAAGUACAUAAAAACAAAAAUAAAUUGGUGUUACGGGAUUUGAGCAUGAGCUGUGGCACCUUGAAGAUUUAUAACGGUUUAGAUUUUAAAUUAAGUCUGGCUCAUGUUCAGUGAUGUCGUUGUAAUGACACUGUGGUUGUUGUGGUAACAGCAUGAAUUCCUGAUGAUAACCCAGCGGGCACCAUACAUCAGAAUGACAUCAGAGAGACGUUGGAGUCUUAAGUUGGACAGACGUUAAAAAUAUUUUAUUUUAAAUGUCUAAUGAUGUUAAAAAUAGUGCGAUGUUUUGCAGACGAUUAAAUGUCAGUAUUAUACAUCAAGAUGACGUUGGCAUAAGACAUUAGGAAGACACUGGAUACUUCACAACACAACUUAAAACCAACAAAAUACCAAGGCCAUCUGUUGUCAGUGUUCUACAUCAGUUGACAUUUACAUUAGAGGUCCUGACACUGAAUUUUGGUCACCCAACUUCACAACCUAAAUUCAAUCAAAUAUCAAUGUCUAAAGACAGUGGCCAUCUGGGGAAAAAUACAUUUUGAGUGACCUAACAAUGAUUUUCAUUAUGUGUUUUUUUUGUGUCUUUUUAAAUGAUUAUUAGUUUUUUAAUGUCAGAAAAUAGUAAAAAAAAUAUCCAAAAUGUAUUAAAAGGUUAUCAAACAAAAGCCAAAAAUAGAACAAAAAAUAUCAAUAAAAAUAUGACUUAAAUAAAGCAAAAGCUUUAAGGCAAGAUAUGCUAACAAAUGUAGCUAACAAAUUCUACCUGGAUUUUUUUUUUUUUUUUUUUUUGGGCAAGUUUGUUUGACGUAAUGAGACAUUAAAUCAUUCACAUUUUCAAAAUGUUCAUAACUUAUUCCCAAUGUGAUCUUUAAUCAAAAGAAAAGAAGAUAAUGUUAUAAAGAUAAAUGCCUUGUGUCAGAUUAACUUCUGAGUAGCAUUAGCUUACUGGCUAAAAUGCUCACUGUUUCAAAAGUAAUACUACAAAAGUAUGCACUACAGGUUAUUGGAUAAUUACCAUCAUGUACACAGGCGGGUGUAGUUUUAUCACAGAUGUUAGCUUUAGUGAGGUAGCUAGCUGAAAGAAUGCUUAGCUAACAGUGUUUUCAGUUAAGCUAAUGUUAGCUAGCCACAAAGUCCUCUGGAUUGUUCCACUGAGGAAAUGUUAAGAGGAAAAAGGAUAAUUAUUCAUAAUGUGGCAACACCAAAAUAGAAUACAUGAAGUAAUUAAAUUAAUUAACUUUUAAUUAGUUCUAUCAACUGGUUUGUGGUGGAAAAAAUAAUUAAAAGCUUUUUGCUACUUUUAACCAACUGCUCUGAGCUUAAACGCAAAAAGAUACACCUGUUAUAAUUAUUUUUACCCUUUAUUUUAAAUAUCUAAUGUACUGUGUUAUUUGUUGAUGUAUUAGCUAUACUUUUGACUUGUCUGAUAACCUUUAAGUACAUCAUUUCAAUUUCCCGGUCUUAAAAUUAUGAGUUUUGUCCAACCAACAGUUGAUAACUCCUAAAAUAUUAAAUUUAAGACUAUAUAAAAUAGAUAAGCACGCAACAGAGAAUAUUGCUUUUUUUUUUUUUUUUUUUUUUUGGAUAAAUGACAAAACUUGAAAAGCAGCUCUGGAAUUUUACAUUUCUCCAUUCUCAAGCUUCUAUGACAAAUGCAGAACAAUACAUUAUUUACAAAAUCUGCUGUUACAGCAAUAACCACAGUGUUAUGACGUAAAUCCUUGUGUACCUAAUGCCUGACUCUGUGCCCUGAUAAACAUGAUGAAAACUUCCCUUGACUAUGAAGGAACCUGCACCCAGCUGUGUGUUUGAUUAACCCUCACCCAGGCCUUUUUAUACGAUAUAUAUAUUGGGAGAAUUAUAUUUAGUAAAUCUGAGAAUAGUUUAAAGUCAGAUAACCUAUUUAUUUGUUGUGUAUAAACUCCAUACAUAUCCAUGUUUUGUCAUGACAACACUGGAACAAGUCCUAAUCUGUGGACCACUGUGUGUAUUUGCACAAAGCAGCCAUUAUAUUCUAUUUAUGUGAAUCGUUAUCUUGUAUAACUGUAAUUCUGAGGUGCUUACAGGAUCUUUUCCCUCCAUGCUUCAAAUAUUCAACAACAGUUGGAUUAAAAGUGGUCCAGUGAGCAUGCUGUCCAGUCCAGUUUUACAGCUGUAUUGAGUGUCAUCCCUGUGUCUUUAAAACUAUUGUAAUUUUUCCUUUUUCUGGUUUUCAUGCUUUUAAACCUUCUUUGGCCAUUGAGUCAUUUCGGGGAAUUUUCUUUUGAUUUCUGGAUUAUAGUUCAAGAAAACAUCAUCUGUUAAAAGCUGCUUUUCGUUUCUUUUUUUACCCUCUGAUGAUAUAUUUUCAUUUUGUAUUUAACAGAUAUGAAUGUAUUGUGAAUUAAAAUUCACAGAAUAUUUUCUUGACAGAUGCUUUUAAUGUAUUUCAGAAGAAGUGAUACUAUACUAUAUUGCUGUAUUAAAAAAUUAUUAAAAUA